AUGGAAAAAAUUAUUGUGCUGUUGGGAAUUGUUGCUUGUUCAUAUGGUUCCAAUUGGGGCUUUGGAGAUGAUGGCGGAGGUGGACUUACACUGGGCGAAAUCUCUAUAACUGACUUGGGAACUUUUAAUCUGGGAGAAACAGAAAGCCAUUCUUUAAAUUUUUUGGGAGAUUACUCGCCACUUUUAAACGAAAUCAGUGAUUGGCACUCGAACAUUAACAGUUUCCAUGGAGCUAAUGUAAUUCCUGUUGUUAAGCACAUUGGGAUACCGACAAUCAAAAAGGUCCCUAUUAGGAUUCCAUAUCCGGAUAUAGAGACAGUUCCGCAGCCUUAUCCCGUUCCUGUGGUGAUACCAAAGCCCGUACCAUAUCAGGUGGAAAAACAAAUAAUUAAGACAGUCGAGAAAAAAAUACCAACGCCUGUCGAGAAAAUAAUUCCGGUUCCCAUCGAAAAACCGGUGCCGUUUCAUGUGGUAAAACAUGUGCCCGUACCGAUCGAAAAACCAUUUCCGAUCAAGAUUCCGAUCUACAAGACCAUUAUACACAAAGACCAUUAA